AUGGAAGGUGAAGCUGAAGUCCUGGUGGUUGAGGCUUCGGUCAGAACCACUCGGGUCCAGCCGGUGAUCGUGCCUGUGCUGAUAUUUCUGUGUAUUUACUUUGCGUUUUAUCACAACUACGGGAUCCGUCAAAUUAUUCUCAACGGCCCAAUCCUCUACCGCGAGUACUUGAAUGAGCUCCGUCGCCUGAGAGACGAGGAACGCCGUCGUCGCGCCGAAAGACGCGCCCAGCGUCUCCAGGAUAGACACGACGGUGCCAGUCCUGACAACGAGCACGAUAUUGACGGUGUCAUGGCGAAUCCCCAGUCUGACUGGGUGCUGCUCGAUGACUGGGGAGAUGUCAUUGAUUUCCCUGCCAUGGAGCCCCAAGCCUCCAGCGAAAAACCUCCUCCGACUCAUGAUGACUCGGACAUAUCGAUGGAAUUGCUGGGUGAUACUUUGGAGGUUCUGGACAUUCCUGUCCUGCAGCCUGAGCUUUCGAAUGAUCACUCUAACAAUAACACCAAAGUUCAGCCGAACACUGCUGCCCCCGGCACCACUGUUCCCUGGGAUGGGAAGAUCAACUGGGUCAUGGAAAAUAGCUUGCCGUUCGCCGACAGAACAUCUGUCAGGCCUCUCACGGCUCCCGGGCGCUACGAACCCGAACCCGGGACGAAAGAUGCCUAUCGCUGUGUCGUCAUUGAGAAACUCCCCGUGGCUAUUAGUAUGGAAGAAAUCCUCCCUCUUCUGGGCGGAGAGACCGAUUCGGCUUUCCUACUCGACACCGUGCCGAUCACGGGGUUCCAGUCAGCCCUAGUGAUCUUUCUGCAGCAGAGCGAUGCGGAGAAGUUCGCGUGUACCUUCAAAGACGGGCUUCCUCUGGGGCCGGUGCGUGCCAAGGUAGUCCCGGUGUCUACCCCCACCUCGCCGCUGUCCGUUCUCCAUCAACGUCUUGUCGACAAGAUGGGCUACACCCGCACCGUGCGCGUCUCGGGCACCCAUCCAGCCGUAAAGAGGAUGGUGAGACACUAUCUCAGCCUUGAUUACUACUAUCUGUUGGUCGAGAACAUCGCAGAGGUGAUUGGCGCGGACGAGGUCCACAUCCGUUUUAGAUCGAUUAAAGGGUGCGUUCAGGCGUACAGCGACUUGCGCACGCAUCCCCGAUUCAUGGACUGCCAGUUUGAAUUUCUGAAGCACUGGCAGCUUGAGACCGCCUCUGUGGCUUUUACGUCCUCUGACCUUGCCAAUGGGAGUUUGCCGGAGGGUUCUGGACCGUAA